AUGUCCUCAAACUACACCUGGAACGCACCGCACCCAAUCUACGGCAUCCCCCUAGCAGUAACCCAAUCCGACAUCCAACCAACCCUAACCUGUACCAUCCGCCUCUCUCCAUCCCUCUCCCCACCCCCCACCACCCCUACCACCACUACCACUACAACCACAGUAAAAACCUGGCUAAACACAAACUACUUCCUCUGGACCCUCUCCGCCGCCCACGCCACAACCCUCUCAGCCACUAACCCCAGCAACCCUUGGAGCCAAACCUUCAACUUCGCAGUCUGGACCGAGAUCCAGAACCGUGUAGCCGAGAUCGAGAAUCCAUACCGUUUCGGCAUUCCCAUUCCCGAGCCGCCAGUUACCCGUGCUGUCGUUACGCAUUUUCCGGAUACCGAUGCGGAGGAGCUGGUGAGGUUUGUUAUUCGGAAGGAGGAGGGGAGAAUGGGCGUUGUGUCUGGUUUGGCGCCCGGUUCGGUUUGGGGGUUGCUUAGGUUUGUUUCGAACAGGGUUUGUGGGAGGUUUGAGGUUGUUUUGUUUGGGGAGGAGCAGGAAGAUGAGGAAGAUGAGGGAGAGGGGGAGGAGGAGGGGUUUGUAUUUGUUGGGGAUGAGGAUGUGGGUGAGGAGGUGGGUUCUGUGGAGGGGGAUGUUUGGAAGGCUGAGAUUUGGGAGUAUUUGGAUCAGCAUGAUGAGUUUGAGGAUUUGUAUGAUGAGGUGUAUGCUGAUGCGGUUGAGUUUCAGUUUUGA